UCUAUGUCGUCUCCGUUUAGUUGAAGAAUGAGCCAGUGAGAGAAAAGGACUGCGAUACUCACAGAACUAUUUUGCCUUAAUCACAAUAAAUGGUGUUCAUAUGAAAGUCUUUCGAGACUUUCGAUGUGUUUCAGGUUUUGAGCGGUUGUUACGGGUAGUUACAGACCUUCAGGAAUUGUUUGCUAAUGUUUAAUAACUGAUUAAUGUGAGGCUCAUCCGCUAGUCGGUUAGCAAAGCGCCUUUGCCGCUGCGAUGAUGGAAACUUGAGCAGCUCAAAGCAAACACUCAUCCAGCUCUCCAGACCACCCAAACACAGGACCCCUGUGCCAGGCAACAAGAUGCAGACCAUAAAGUGUGUUGUCGUUGGUGAUGGUGCAGUGGGAAAGACCUGCCUGUUGAUCUCCUACACCACCAAUGCCUUCCCAGACGAGUACAUUCCUACGGUGUUCGACAAUUACAGCACUCAGACCUGUGUGGAUGGCCGCGCCGUCAGUCUUAACCUGUGGGACACGGCCGGUCAGGAGGAGUAUGACCGCCUGCGAACCCUCUCUUACCCGCAAACACACGUGUUCAUCAUCUGUUUCUCUGUGGCAAGUCCUUCCUCUCAUGCCAACGUCAGGCAUAAAUGGCACCCGGAGGUGUGCCACCAUUGUCCUGGCGUGCCCGUGCUGCUGGUGGGCACUAAGAGAGACCUGCGGGGGGACAAGGAGACCCUGGAGAAGCUGAAGGAGCAGGGCAUGAGUCCCACCACUCCGCAGCAGGGCAGCGCUCUGGCCCGAAGCAUAGGUGCUGUGCGAUAUCUGGAGUGCUCAGCCCUUCUGCAGGAGGGAGUCAGAGAGGUCUUCAACGAAGCAGUCAGGGCCGUUCUCUACCCCAAUGCCAAGAAGCACACCAAGAAAUGUGUGCUGUUAUAACUACAUGAGGAUGUGUGUGUGAAAGAUUUUAUGAAGGGUGGAAUGUAAGUUAGUCAUGUGAUCGUGUGUUGCUACCAUUUUUUGUUCGUAUCUCUACACUACAGUUAGCAAUAGGUGCACAGGCUGAUAAAGAGGAAGAAUGAGACACUGCGUGCUUGUGUGUUUGUGUUUCAACUUUACAUGCAUAUCACCUAAGACAUAAAUACGGUGUUGUAAUCUAAAAUCAGGCAGACGGAGUGUAGUGGAUUUGUCUAAAGGACUACAGGCAUCAGCAACUUAUGCCUUCCUAUAAUGCCUUAAAACCCCAGCAUAUUUUAAUCACUCAGAGGAUAUUUCAUGCACCAAAGUGUAAAUUCAGUCUAAUGUGACCGAAGGUCUUAUGAAGGUGCUGUCUUUCCCUGACCGCUUGAGUAACACAAUUAUGAGGGCUUGCAAUCCCCCUAAUUUGCGUGCUAUGUUAAUGUGAGACCCAAAGGACUAUAGGUUUGAUGGCCUAUGGUUAUCACAACAUGCCAUUUUUCCUGUAUUGUUGCCUAUUAAUGAUCUCUGACCUUUGUAGGGUCGAUUGACAGCUCAGGAAGUGCUGCGUAAUCCCAUCGUGCCUUUAGCGGCUCAGCCCGUACAUCUCACAAACUCCUUCCUCUGCUCAUUUCAUUUAGGGUGCUACUUUGGGUGCCGGUUGACAUUUAUUGCUGGAAAGGGCUGCUGAAAAUGUACUGAGAGCUGCUGUAGCUCACCUGCCUCCUACUAGAGCUGUAAAUGAAGGGAUAUAGUGCUGUUUUAUAACACCCUUGGGGUAGAAAUUAAGAUCUUUGUAUUUGGCUUGUUGUGCCUGAAUCCUCACAAUUUACAACCCUGUUAUUGAAUCUGAAGUGCCACUAAUAUUUGUAUUAUUUUGUAUUUUAUCAUGAAUCUUGACACUCCAAUGAAGUGCCCUAAUAAGAAAUAUUGGUGGAGAUAUACUCUUUGUCUUACAUCUCUGUUAUACAAGGAACAUCCAGACUGUGGUUAAUGUACACAAACACUUCAAACAUUCAGGUUUAGGCUUCUAUUUGGGUCAACAUUUACAUUUUAUAUAUUGAAUGUCUACCUUUUGUAUAAUAAACAUCAGCUGUUUCUUUUUUA